AUGACGGAGACGCGGGCGGACCGGGGCAGUGGAGGCCGUGCGGAUCACGGGAAGGGUCCGGAGCGGAGGCUGCAGGCGCAGAAGCUGCGCCUGGCGCACGGCCGCGGGCCCUACUACGGCGGCUCCCUGCCCAACGUCAACCAGCUCGGCAGCGGCGCCGCCGACUUCCAGGGCGCCCUGCACUCGCCGCUGGACUCGGCGCGCGGCACCCGCCACCACGGCCUGGUGGAGCGCGUGCAGCGGGACCCGCGCCGCAUGAUGUCCCCGCUGCGGCGCUACGUGCGCCACAUCGAGAGCUCUCCCUACGGCCCCACGUACCUGUCGCCGCCGCCGGAGCCCGGCUGGAGGAGGACCAUGCCAUGGGGCAACUUCCCCAUGGAGAAAGGCCACGCGUUCCGGCUGCCCUCGGCCCUCAACAGGACGAACUCGGACUCGGCGCUGCACACGAGCGUCAUGAACCCUGCGCCGCAGGACGCCUACCUGGGCCCCGCGGCGGGCGCUCCGCCGCCCGCCCGCCGCGCCGGUUUCCUGGACGGCAACACGGACAGCAAAGUGUUUCUUUUCCAAGUGCCUCCCAUCGAAGAGAACUUUGAUGACCAGAAGCAUUCGCUGAAGCCCUGGGACACCAAGAAGCUCUCGUCGUCCUCGGCCCGUCCGCGCUCCUGCGAAGUCCCCGGCAUCCACGUGUUCCCGUCCCCGGACCAGCCCGCCAACGUGCCCCUGCUGCCCUCGGCCCUCAACACGGGCGGCUCGCUGCCCGACCUCACCAACCUGCACUUCCCGUCCCCGCUGCCCACCCCGCUGGACCCGGACGAGGGCGCCUACCCCAGCCUCAGCGGGGGCAGCAGCACCAGCAACCUGGCCACCACCAUGACGCAGCUGGGCAUCAGCGGCAGCAUGGGCCUGGGCACGGGCUACGAGUCGCCAGGACUUACCUCACCUAUGCAGAGCUCCCUGAGUAACCCGUCCCUGCCGUCCUCGCUUAGCAACCCCAACCUGCAGGCCUCCCUGCGCAGCCCCCCGCUGCAGCCCUCCCUUAGCCACCCCUCGCUGCAGGCCUCGCACAGCAGCUCCUCCCUGCCCUCGUCGCUCUCCAACCAGUCCCUGCCCUCCUCGCUGUCCUCCUCGCUCAGGGACUCCCCGCCGGGGCUCUCGAGGGAGAUCGCGGCGGCGCUGGCGGCCGUGCCGGGCUUCGAGGUGGAGGCGGCGGCGGCGCUGGGGCUGGACGAGGAGCUGCGCAUCGAGCCGCUCACGCUGGACGGGCUCGCCAUGCUGAGCGACCCGUGCGCGCUGCUCACCGAGCCGGCCGUCGAGGCCCCCCGCGGCCCCCCGCGGCCCCCCGCGCCCCCUCCUGCCUUUGUACUGCCCUCGCCGCGCGAGGGGAUUCCUGGGAUCGAGGGGACCCCUGGGGCUGAGGGGAUCCCUGGGAUUGAGGGGAUCCUUGGGGUUAAGGGGACCCUUGGAGUAGAGGAGAUCCCUGGGAUCGAGGGGAUCCUUGGAGUAGAGGGGAUCCCUGGGCUUGAGGGAACCCCUGGGAUUGAGAGGACCCUUGGGAUUGAGGGGAUCUUUGGGAUCGAGGAGGUCCCUGGGAUUGAGGGGACCCCUGGAGCUGAGGGGAUCCUUGGGAUCGAUGGGACCCAUGGGGUUGAGGAGAUCCCUGGGAUCGAGGGGACCCCCGGGAUCGAGGGGACCCCCGGGCAUUUCCGUCCCGCGGGCCGCGUCGCCGCCGCCCGUGCCGGUCCCGGCCGCGCCGGCCCAUCCGUGGCUCCUUCUCCCGCUCCCUUCCCCUUUGUGGGCGACGCGGAUGCCGCGGCGGCCAUGGCGGACGAGGGGCCGCCGCGGCUCGUCGACUACUUCGUGGUGGCCGGGCUGGCCGGCGCCGCGCAGCCGCUGGAGGACGAGAGCCCGCAGCAGCGCCCGCCGCGGCCCGCCGAGCCCAUCACCGACGUGGCCGUCAUCAUCCGCGCGCAGGGCGAGGAGGUGCCGCAGGGCUUCACGUGCAUCGAGACGACGGCGUCGGGCCACCCGGCCGAGCUCAACGCCGGCCUCCUCAACAACCCCCAGAUGUUCCUGUGCUACCGGCGCGGGCGCGACAAGCUGCCGCUCAUCGAGCUGGGGGUCUCCUCAAUCCCAAAGAUCCCCUCGAUCCCAGGGGUCCCCUCGAUCCCAGGGGUCCCCUCAAUCCCAUGGGUCCCCUCAAUCCCAGGGGUCCCCUCAAUCCCAGGGGUCCUCUCGAUCCCAGGGAUCCCCUCAACCCCCAGGGUCCCCUCGAUCCCAGGGAUCCCCUCAACCCUACAGGGCAAGGAGCGGCCCAAGCCGGGCUGCCACGUGCUCGACACGACGCCCUACAGCCGCUCGGCCAACCUGAGCUCGGGCGGGCCGGGCCAGCCGCGCACCUUCCUCACGUACCGGCGCGCGGCCGAGCCGCCGGGCCACGGCGCGCUCGCGCUCACCGACAUCUGCCUCGUGAUGCCCAGCAAGGGCGAGGGCACCCCGCACACCUUCUGCCGCGUGGAGCGCAACCUCAACGCGGGGCUGUGGGGCCCCGCGCUCUUCCUCUGCUACAAGAUCGCCAUGGCCAGGGCCAACACGCUGGUGUACGAGGCCGGGCUCCUGGGGCGCUACCCCGCGCGCGACAGCGACGCCUUCCCGCUGCCCGACUCGGUGCCCGUCUUCUGCCUGCCCAUGGGCGCCACGGUGGAGAGCUGGCCGGCCGACACCAAGUACCCGCUGCCCGUCUUCUCCACCUUCGUGCUCACCGGCGCCUCGGGCGACAAGGUCUACGGCGCCGCCAUCCAGUUCCACGAGGCGUUCCCGCGGGAGCGCCUCUCGGAGAAGCAGCGCCUGCGCCUGGGGCUGCUCAGCGUGGUGGACCGGCGCCCCAUCGCCGGCCGCUCCGUGCACACGCGCAAGAGCAUCUGCGUGCUCUCGCACUGGCCCUUCUUCGACGUCUUCCGCAAGUUCCUCAUGUUCAUCUACCGCUACUCCAUCUCGGGGCCCCACGUGCUGCCCCUGGAGACGCACAUCUCGCACUUCAUGCACAACGUGCCCUUCCCGUCGCCGCAGCGCCCGCGCAUCCUGGUGCAG